CUCAACAGCCCGAAAGCCCCUCUCUCUCUCUCUCUUUCUCCCUCUUUGCUUCUUUCUCUUCUGAUGAUGGAGCACGCGACUGAGAUUGAGCUGCUUACCGGGCGGUCCUUCAUGGCUCCUGCCACCACAACGAAAUGUGAUGAAAUUUAACUGGGUAACAAGAGAAUGAAAUUUUGGUUCACCUGAGAAGGAAGAAGGUGAAGAGAGAAGGUGAAGACGAAAGGACAAUGAACCAACCCAAAAAGGAGCUCGCUCUUUAGUGGCCAUAUUUAGAGACACAAAGCCUUUUUUUUUUUGGAAGGAACGUAAGUGAAGCCGAUGCGCGCUCUCUACCUCCCGUGUGUUAUCCUCUGCAACAAUGGAAAUUUUUUUGAUGUGCUGUCACUUUGUUAUUGGAAAUUGAAAUUGCAUGUGCUACAUAAGCAGCUGAAGAUAGAUUGAACUUAAAACGACUUAGUUCAACUAAAGAGCUAAAAGCUCCUCGAAUAGAUGUUGCUGCUGCUGAUUCAGGAAAACGAAAAGAUGUUGAUGCUGAUGGGAUGGCGGACCAAGGAAGUUCUUCAGAGGGCACACUGCUUCAGCUUUUGGAGUCCCUAGAUAAGAAGUCCCAAAGCAGCUCAAAUAAUAUUCAGACCCUGGCGGACUACGGCUGUAAAUGGGUACCACUUGUUCAUAGGAUUCCGGAUGAGAUUCGUAAACUAAAUGAAGGUGCCUAUACCCCCACCGUCGUGUCCAUUGGGCCUCUUCGUAGAGACGAGGAACAUUUGCAACCCAUGGAGAAGGAAAUAUUCUGCUACAUGCAGUGCCUAUUUAAAAGAUUUGAAAAUGAGGGCUUAGAACAACCAUACAUGCAGGUCUUGGUAGAACAUUGUGCGCGCGCUAUGUUGGAGAUUGAACCCUCCGCUCAUUAUUGGUAUUCGGAUUCCAAGAUUAGACCUGAUAAUGAGGUAAAAGCAGAGGUCAAGUUUGCAGAAAUGAUGCUCAUUGAUGGUUGCUUCAUAAUAGAACUUCUAUACAGGAAUCGUAUUUCUACUUCAAUGUACUCCAUCACUGACCCCAUAUUGGACAACUAUUUCAUGAGGUUUGCAGUCCAAAAUGACUUGAUACGACUGGAGAAUCAGAUUCCUUUCGAAGUUCUUUAAAAUUUGUUCAGCCUGACACUGGCAACUUUGCCCCACAAUGACCAACAAUUUUCUCUCAAGGAAUGCAUCUUCAUUUUUUUUAAACAUAUGAUGGGGUUAGAAAUAACACCAGAUUUGGAUACAGCAACAAAGCCCCUUUCAUAUACUCGAUCUUUUACACAGUUGGUACCGCCCCGAACUGCCGCUGCCUUUGAUUCGUAAGCACCACCCCCUUUUGAACAAGUGCACUUUGAAUUCUGCCAUACAACUUGACUUGGCAGGAGUCAAAUUUAAGCCUGCUUCUGGAAGCAACCUAUUCGACGUACAGUUUUAUUCUUAUCAUCAUUCUUGGUUUCGAGGGUUUAGAAGUGGUUGCUUUGAAAUCCCAAAAUUCUGCGUUACUUUCUCAACUGAAACAUUAUUGAGAAAUUUCAUUGCUAUGGAGCAAUUUUUCC